GCCCCUCAAUUGUGGCUCGUGCGCGGGAGCUCGACAGCCCCGCCGACUGGCCCAAUAUCCCGCGGGAGUCAACAACCUAAAACGCCCCGUCUGGCCAGGUCAACAAGACAGACAAACCCGAUUUUACAAGCGACUGUACAAGGCACACGCAGACAAGAUGCAGUCAGGCAUAUCUGCAUCCCAGGAGCUGGUCUCCCAAUUCAACACCCUCCUCACCAGCGACAAGCACUUCGGCCUCCUCGCGACCAUCUCGUCCGAGUCUCUCGAGCCGAUCUGCCUCCUCACCCCGACCUCCCCGACGGCCUCCUUCGCCGACAACGUCGCCGCCCUGCUGACCCCGCGCCUGACCCGCGAGGAACCGCUGUACAUCAUCGUGCGGCGGCACGCCUCGGCGCCGCGCCUGGCGGCCGUGACGUACGUGCCCGACGCGGCCAAGGUGCGGCAGAAGAUGCUGUUCGCCAGCACGCGGCUGACGCUCGUGCGCGAGCUCGGCGGCGAGCACUUCCGCGAGACCAUCUUUGCCACCACGCCCGACGACCUGACGGCCGCCGGGUUCGCGCGCCACGACGCGCACGCCGCCGUCGACGCCCCGCUCACCGAGGAGGAGCGCAGCCUCGGCGAGGUCAAGCGCGCCGAGCAGGAGGCCGGCGCCGGCACGGGCGUCCGCGAGAUACACCUCAGCAAGAGCCUGGCCAUGCCCGUGGCCGAGGGGGCGCUGGCGGCGCUGGAGGAGCUUGCCGGCGGGGCGGGGCGGUCGCUGGUCAUGCUGAAAAUCAAUCCCGACUCCGAGGUCGUCGAGCUUGUUCCCGAGGACUCGAACCCGUCAUCAAUAUCGGAGCUGGCGCGUGUCAUUUCGGCGACGGAGCCGCGGUUUACCUUUUAUAGAUUCGCUCACUCGCACGGCGGGAGCGAGAGCAGCCCUGUGCUGUUCUUCUACACGUGCCCGCCGGCGCCGGGGACUAAGGCCAUCAAGUUCAGGAUGAUGUAUCCGCUGAUGAAGCGGGCGGUCCUCACCGUUGCCGAGACGGAUGUCGGCCUGAAGAUCGAGAAGAAGUUUGAGGUCGAGGAGCCCAGCGAGAUAACCGAGGGUUCGGUGCUUGGAGAAUUGCACCCGAAGGUUGAGACCCGCCAGGCGUUCAGCAGGCCCAAGCGGCCGGGUCGGUGAAUUGGGGGGAGCCCGCCUCGUUGCAGCGUUGAGUAAUGGGUAGCUGAUGCCGAAAUACAGACAUGAAUGACUACGAAACCUAACAUCAAGCCACUGAUGAAGUAUUAUUACCAGGCCCCUUUAAGCUCUCUUCUGUGACAAAUAUCCAUUCAAACUCCAAGUCCUAUGGGAGGACUAGACUAACC